AUACCCAACGAUGAAAGCAUACAAUCUUACCACCUCUUGCUAAAAUAUAGCAAGUGGUUACUAAAAAUUUAGAAAUACCUCUUGCUAAAAUCUAGCAAAUUUUUAUUAAAAAUCUAACCGCUAUUUGCUAAAAUGUAUUAUAGAAAAUAUAUUAAUUACAUUCCGCUUUGAUCUCAUAUAGAUCAUCCUAUAAAUCUUUCAAUUUCAACAUUAUUGUUUUUUAAUUCCUAUUUCACACCAUGUUCUGAUGAGAUGAAUUGCAAUUGCAUAUUGAUGUUUUUAAUAGCGGUGCGUGUGGCACAUAUUUCAACUCCAUAAAAAAGCGUCUGCAAUUUGAUCCAUUUCCCUAUUUACAAAUUAUCAUCUGUGACACAUUGAGAUGCUUUUCAAAUGUUGAACAAUUCCGACCUUAUUUGCUUAUCACGAAAUUAGAACGAAUAAUACGAACGAGAGGAGUGACAAUUGGAUCAAGAUGAAGCUCAAACAUUCCAAUAAUCACUGCAUUCGUACUUAAUCGACAUAGAAGCGAUGAGAGAUCGAACAAUUUUGCGAAAACGUGAGUAAAAUUCUAUAUUUACUCCAUUUACACUGAGUCUAUUUGAAUGUGAAGUCCGUGUGUUUGCGUUAAAAAUUACACCAAAAUACACUGCGAAGCGGAGUCAAAGACCUUAGUGCAGAAUUAAUUCAUUUAGCAAUUGUUUCACCUAUUUAGUGUCCCAAAUGAGAGAGACAUGAGAGAAUUAUUUGAGUAAUAAGCAUAGUGCUAAGGUCGUCAGGUAGCGCAGUCUUAAGUGUAAUAUACACACACACAGUGCUUUUUUCAUAUUUCAUGAUGCAAAAUCAAGGAUUUCCAGCGCGUGUUUGUGAACUGUUUCGGACUUUACAUCAAAACCGGGUGAUCAGUCGCCAAUGAUUGUCUGUCAGCGCAUUUGUGAGUCGCGUGUGCUUUUCCACUCACUUUUCGCCCUGUGUUGGCGUCGCCGAAUCUAAGUCUGAGCGCACAGCCAGACAGAAAUCACAAUCAAAACUCGCUAGACCGUCUGAUCGUGUGGAUCAUCGCCAGAUCGGUUCUGAAUGAAACAGCAAGUGCUGUAAAAUCGCCAAACAAUCUCACUUUUUUCAGUGAUAGUGAAAGUGCUUCACAUUUUGAUGCGAAGAUGAGUGUGGAAUUAGUGCUGAUAUCAGUGAUAUUCGCAGUGAUUGCGGGCUUUCUGUGGCACGAGAAGUUCUCAAGGAGAGCGACUUUGGCAGCAAAAUUCCGAGGGCCAUCGCCGUAUCCACUCAUUGGCAAUGGGCACUUAUUUCUGGGUUCUUCGCCACCGGAAAUCCUCCAAACCAUCGGGAAGUUGGUGAAGGAAUACGGAAAAGUCGUUCGCAUAUUUUUGGGCGUCGAUUUUCUCCUGUUCAUCACUGAUCCCAAAGUUGUUGAAGCGGUGCUGAGCAGUAAUACACUGAUUUCCAAGUCCAAAGAGUACACAUUUCUGCGCAAUUGGCUCGGAGAUGGACUUCUUCUGAGCACAGGCAAAAAGUGGCACAGCCGUAGGAAAAUCAUCACGCCGACGUUUCACUUCAAGAUCCUGGAGCAAUUCGUGGAAGUGUUUGACCGCCAAGGAAACAUUUUUGUGCAGCAGCUGAAGGCGCUGAAGCCCAAUCAGCCCGUCGAUAUCUAUCCUUUGGUCACUCUCUAUGCAUUGGACGUGAUUUGCGAAUCCGCCAUGGGUACAACGGCCAAUGCUCAGCUCAACAGCGACUCGGAAUACGUUCAGGCGGUGAAAGACAUCACACAUGUGCUGCACUUGCGUAUGUUCGACUUUUUGCUGCGACCGGAGCCCUUCUUCAAGAUGUCCAAGAGCGCGACGCAGGAGAAGAAGGCAAUUAAAGUCCUGCACGAUUUCACGGACCGCGUGAUUGUGGCGCGACGGAACGAGCUUCUGCAGCAGAACGGGAAGCACGACGAGAAUCGCAAUAGUCACGUGGGCGAUGAGAGUCUAGGCAUCAAGAAGAAAAUGGCCUUCCUGGACGUCCUGCUGCAGUCCACUGUGGACGGCAAGCCGCUCACGAACAUGGACAUUCGCGAGGAAGUGGACACUUUCAUGUUUGAGGGUCACGACACCACAACCUCGGGCAUUUCAUUCCUUCUGUAUAACAUUGCGUUGUAUCCUGAAGUGCAGAAGAAGGUUGUGGAUGAACUUCAAGACGUCUUCGGAAAUGACACUCGAGUGCCCACAAUCAGUGACCUGAAUAACUUGCAGUACAUGGACUUGGUGAUAAAGGAAACAAUGAGACUCUUCCCAUCUGUGCCAAUCAUUGGGCGCGAGGCGCAAACAGAGGCGAAGCUCAACGAUUUGACCAUUCCAGCCGGAUCGGGAAUUGCAAUUGGCACGUAUUUUAUGGGGCGCGACCCUGAUUUGUUCCCUGACCCAGAAACCUUCAAUCCCGAGCGCUUCAGCGUGGAGCGCAGCGCCGAGACUCUGAAUCCCUACAGUUAUGUGCCUUUCAGCGCCGGUCCGCGAAAUUGUAUCGGCCAGAAGUUCGCCAUUCUCGAGAUGAAAAGCACGGCAGCGAAGAUUCUGAGGAACUUCGAGCUCAGUGUGGAUGAAUCGUACAAAACGCCUGUUCUGAUGGCCGAACUUAUUCUGAGGCCCGAGAAUGGCGUCGUGCUGAAGUUCAAUCCGAGGCAAUAGAGGAAAUCAACCGGGCAUUAAACACUGUGAUGUUGAGCAAUUCGGGCUGUUUAGUAUUUCCGUCACUCUACUAUAAGUUUUGGGACAUUUUGAGGGCCAAAAGCGAGGUGUAAAUCUUAAUAGUUUAAGACUCAGAAGCUGAAGAGCACAACGUCACGGUGAAUAUCAGCGUCAUACUUAUAAUUGUAUACUUGGGAAUAAGAUGAAUAUUUAAGUGUUUUGUACGAAUUUCUCAUGAAACAUGCAAUAAAAACACAGUAUAAUUGUUGUUUCGGAACUUAUCAAA